CUGAUUGAUGUUUUCUUGGGAAUGUUCAUGUGCAUGAUGUCUUGUACAGGUCUGGGUUGUUGCUUGGGACAGAAAAGAAUGGGUCUUUCCUUACCAGGAGAUGUCACAGUCAAUCCAGUUGUCGUCGACGUCCGUGAUGCGGUCGCGAGAGACUAUGGCAUUGGUCUCGCUCGGGGUCAAAUUUCCAGGCUCGGCUGCUUGGGGGAGGAUGACGGUGGUGAAGAGGGUGAGAAUACAUAG